UCGGCUAAUGGCGACGUACGGCAACACAAACUGACAUGAACUCUGCGAGUAAGGUUGGUGAAAUUUUCACCGCAGCCGGAGCAGCUUUCAAUAAGCUCGGAGAAUUAACUAUGCAGUUGCAUCCCACGACAGAUUCACCGGCAGGUAAAUGGACUGACGAGGAAAUUGAGAUGCUCCGUCACUCGGUAAAGACCUUCAGUGAAGACUUGAACAAAAUAAGUGAGCACAUCAAGGGGCGAACGGUCUCUCAGAUUCGAACAACGUUGAAGAAAAAAGCAUUCGAAGAAGCGGGUGUACCGAUUAGGCAACAGAUACUGUCACAGCAACAGUCGGCACAGCAGUCGGCGGUUGUUCAACAGCAACAAGCGUCGAAGCAACAAGCCGGGAAUCAGGGGUUAAUGGGCAAAUCAGCGGAAGUAACGUUAAAUAUGUUAAACGCACCGGAAUCGGAGGUGGACGUUGAAGGACUACCGGAGGAGUGUCAAGUGAAGCUCGAGUUUGAGGGUGCGACGGAAGAAGUCACCUCUUAGUGUAAGAGUGAUCUAAGCUUAAGAUAAUGUUCACUUAAUAUACGGCUAGAGUUAAGUAUUAACUAUGUACAUUCGAUAAGUUAUAUUUCUCAGUAAAUUCGUA